AUGGCGUGUGGGGGCGGGGGGCAGAUCCUUGGACGCCUUCAACUCCUUAAGGCCGAGGGUGUCCCUGACAGCCAGAUGGAGCGUGUGUGCCAUACACAGUAUGUUCACACAGUCCAGGACUGUCUCGACGGCGGCCGUAAUGUUGGACCCAUUUUCUGUGACAAUGAAUUCCCGGAGAGCAUUAAGGGCGUGCAUUUCUGGCACCUCCUGCCCUUCUUGUUCGCCAUUCAAGAGAUCGACCAGAAUCCUCGACUCUUACCCAACAUCACUCUUGGAUACAACAUCUAUGAGAAUUAUUUCAAUGCAAGAAUGACAUAUGAUGCCACGAUAGACUUGCUGUCCUCUGGCAGGAAUGUUCCAAACUACAUCUGUGGAAAAAGCAAUCGCUUGGUGGCUGUUCUCGAAGGGGCUGAGUCAGAAAUCUCCAGUCAGAUUUCAACCUUGUUGGGCAUCUACAAAACUCCACAGCUUCAUCCUUUCCUGAGACGUCUCCAGUUUUACAAUAUUAGCAAUAAAAACAUUUACUUUGAUGAGAAUGGGGACCUGUCAGCUAAUUUUGAUAUUAUGAAUGCUGUGGCAUUUCCCAACAAGUCCAUUGCUAGAGUGAAAGUUGGGAGCCUAGAAAGACAGGCCUCCUCCGAGAUCAAGAUCACCAUUGACCAGAAUGCCAUUGUGUGGCCCAGGUGGUUUAACCAGACCCUGCCUCAUUCUCAAUGUACAGAAAGCUGCCGCCCUGGAUACGCCAAGGCAAUUAAAGAAGGAGAACCAAUUUGCUGCUAUGAUUGUGCUCCAUGCAAGGGAGAGACCAUCUCCACUCAGGAAGAUUCAGACAAUUGUAAUAAGUGUCCAGAAGAUCAGCAUCCAAACAAGGACCAAGAUCAAUGUGUCCCCAAAGUAGUAACAUUCCUAUCCUAUGAAAAACCUUUGGGGGUCACCUUAGCUUGCUUUGCCCUGUUUUUGUCUUUAUUCACAGCACUUGUUUUAGGAAUCUUCAUUAAAUAUUUAGACACUCCAGUUGUCAAAGCCAACAACCGUGACCUCUCCUACAUGCUCCUGGUCUCCCUCCUGCUCUCCUUUUGGUCCUCCUUUCUGUUCAUUGGUCGGCCUCAGAAAGUGAUCUGUCUCCUACGACAAACUGCCUUCAGCAUCAUCUUCUCAUUUUCCAUCUCUUGUGUGUUGGCCAAAACCAUCACUGUGGUGGUGGCAUUCAUGGCCACCAAGCCAGGGAACAGGAUGAGGAAAUGGCUGGGGAAGAGUCUGGCCAACUCCAUUGUCUUGUCCUGUUCCAUUGUCCAAGUGGGCAUUUGUGCCAUCUGGCUGGGCAUCUCUCCCCCCUUCCCAGAGGCUGACAUGCACUCCCAGGCUGGGCAGAUCACCCUGCAAUGCAAUGAAGGGUCUGUCGCCAUGUUUUACAAUGCCCUUGGCUACAUGGGCUUCCUGGCUGCCAUCUCUUUCAUGUUAGCCUUCCUAGCCAGGAAGCUGCCUGGAUCCUUCAAUGAGGCCAAGCUGAUCACCUUCAGCAUGUUGGUCUUUUGCAGUGUGUGGGUGUCCUUUGUGCCCACCUACCUGAGCACCAAGGGGAAAUACAUGGUGGCUGUGCAGGUCUUUUCCAUCUUGGCCUCCAGCCUGGGAUUACUGGGUUGCAUCUUUCUUCCCAAAUGCUACAUCAUUGUUCUGAGACCUGAUCUAAAUACAAAGGAGCAUUUAAUGAUGAAAACUGAACACGGUACCUGA